AUGAGACUGGGCAGGCUUUGUGUUUUAACUCUCUUCUUGCAUCUGGCAGGUAAAGUCCUUUUCCCCCCUUAACAGGUUGGUGGGAGGUGGGUUGCUAUUGGUUUUGGUAGCAGAAAGAAUGGAACAUGGAGAAGGUUGCAGAGCUAGUGGUUACAGCUCUGUGCCAAGGUAGAACUUACGCUAUUGAAGUCCAACAGAUCGGGGCAUAGUGUCAGUAGAAUGGUGCCACAUAAUACCUUGUUCCGCGUUUGUAAGGAAUCAGUCUUUUAGUGUGGCAGCACCCUAUCUUUGGAACUCCCGACCUGUUGAUAUCAGGCAUGUGCCUUCGCUGUACUCUUUUUUUGGUGUCUGUUAAAUACAUCGUUCAGACAGGUAGAAGGUUGGUGUAUUUUAAUCUGCUUUUAGGUCAUCAUUGGUUUUAAUUACUUUUUAAAUGUUUUAUUAUCUUUUAAAAAACCGUUUUUACUGAUAAUUUUAUUGUUUUAUUCUUUUUGUAAACCACUUCAAUGUUUUUUUUGUUGUUUUCAUUUUCAUAAAUAUUAUGAAAUUAAAUAAAUAAAUAAAUAAAAUGGGGUGGCCAUCCCAUCUGGUGAUUUCUGGACAGGAAGCCAAAAGCUACUCCUAUCUGGAAUUAUACUGGUAUUCAUUACCGUAUAUCCAAUUAAGGAUAGGUAGUCUGCAAUUUGUCUACUCAGCAAAUUGGGGGACCACUAUGAAAAUACCCAACAAUUACAGGUAGUACUGGGAGAAUCCUUGAAUGGCAUACAAAGGGGGCAAUCUUGUUUAGAGCUCUGUGAACACCCACCUUUGUUGUGCUGCAUUGCUUCAUAUGUAGAUUGCUGCAUUAGCUACCAACAGGACCAGUAUUUGAAUCAGGUUGACCACCCUCAGCAGUAGUCAGCCCUGUUUAAUUGGGUGAGGAACCCCUGGUGCCACCAGAAUGGUGGGUCUGGGAUUUAAACGUUUUCAGAGAUGCUGUUAUGUGCAGCCCCACGUGCUGUUUCUGCAACAUCCUCUUUGUCUCUCCCAGCUAAGAGUGGAAAAUCUUAGCCAUAUGGUGAGCGAUGGGCAAAUCAUUCAAUUUAUGAUCUGUGUCAUUUUUUUUUUUUUUUGCAUGAGUUCACUCAUAAGUCCUUUCUAUCCCAUUUUCACAUUAAUCUCUCAUAUAUGUGUGUGGUGUCGUUUUAGUUUUAAAAAACUACAUGGAGUUCCCAUCUAGAUACAUAUUUGAGGGCUCCUCCAAUACCAGUGUUCUAUCGUGAGUGUCUUCUGCAACAUGUUCUGGACACAAAAAUAGUGUGUCGGUAGUGGAUUUAUUUUUUUUCUAUUUCCUAGUUUGUUCUUUGUGACGCUUCCCCAAUGCUACCACAUUAUUGUUGUCCGGGAAGGUUAUAGCGCAGGAAAAGCAGGACAAAAAUGAACUAGAACAUUUGUGGUAUAAAUAGUUACACGGUGUCAACAGGCAGUGGCAGGAUAUGCACUGAUUGGAAAUGAAACUGGGUGACCACCCCAAAACUUCUGCAGGCCAAAACAGUAUUGAAAGCAGGAUUAUGUGUGACAGCCCCAACAGCAUCACAAUCACCAAUAAUCAUGAAUAUGAAAUAAAAAGGACAUCUGCAGGGGUCCUUAUACAUAUUUUCUUUUAAAAUUCACACCUUUAAACAUACUUUAAUACUAUUGCUGAGCUAAGGUCUGUGAUGGAGCAUUUGGGGAACGCGAAGAGCUGAUGGGUAACUAAGUUCUGAUCUGCAGAUUGGUCUGAUCAGGUUAAUCUGUAUUCACAAAGACUGAAUUCCAUGGCCAUCUCCAACCUUUCCCAUCCAGGCAUGGAACACAGUGAAUAGAGAAUGGAAGAAAAGCAGUUUUGGUAAUGCCAGUCAGUGAUAUUCCAUGGGCAAUGGGUGUUUUGAUAUCAUUCUGACCGCCAUUUGUGCUACAAACACAUGCUUGGGUGAUAGAAAGAAACAUCAUAUGGCUGAAUGCAGUUGUUACAGGAAAAUUGGGUGAUACAGACAUUGUUGGCUUGGGUUUACAUGUACAUUUCUUUUGUCUCUGUUCAGAUAAAUCUUGCAGAGUUUCGAACCACUGCAAUGCCCCAUGAAUCCCUUUUCCUCAUAAGAGAGAUUGCAGUGAGUGGACGCAUCAUGUCUGUCUCAUACCAUCAUAGCCUGGAAAAAGCUAUUGUGUGUAUCCAGUCCCAAAAGGCCACAAAUGGAUUAUUUAUAGCCCUGCUCUCUAGCUAAGUUUGUGCAUUGAAGCUAUACUCAAGCCUGUGUGCUCACAUGUUUCUUACUAACAGGAAAUAGCUUCUGAGGUGGGUAGGGUGGAUUUUUCAUUGGGAAAAUAGCACAGGUAAAAGGGUUAACCCAUACUGUGAAAUGAAACGAAAUGAAACAGCAGAAAGGCAACGUUUUCUGUGUUUCAUCAGAAUAUAAUUAGCCGUUUUCUGAAAAGUGACAUCAGAACGUCAUAUCUAAGAAAGGUUAAUAAGAAUUGCAAGCCUUCAGGGUCACACAAGCAUAAUGAGAGAGACAAUCUGAUCAAUUCAAAUAUAAGGGUGGCAUUCCAGAAUAUAUAAUGUGUAGUAGAAGUAUUCUGAUAAUAGCAUCAUUGUUAUUACUGAAAAGAUUUCUGGAUUUCUAUGCUGGGAAUAAUGUGUGACAAACACAUUAAUUGUCACAUGGUGUGUUUACAUUUGUGUAUUGUGAUGUAUGUACAUGUAGACAGAAGAAGGUAUGCUUAACAUGUAGGGAUUUUGUCAUAUUUGACAAAAUAAUAGCCCAAAGACUAUUAAUGUGCUAUCUCAUCAUACAAGCGAUCUCUAUGUUCCUUUCCAAAUUCAAACAAAUACACGGAUAAAUAUUUUAAGUGGUGGUAUAAUGAUUUGUUUUCAAACCUGUACUGUAUGUGUCCCGAGACAGAAUAAUAAUAUUGUUUUUAACAUAUUAGAUAAGAACUUCCUGCUGUGUUGUUGAAAUGGCAACAGAGUUGAGCACCAUCCACUGUACCUUUGUAUUAAAAGAAUUUGUGUAUGUGUGUGCGCACACACACACACACAAAAAUACAAAACAGUUCUACACACAGAAUCUGUUAUUAGAUGUAAGCAAUGAGGUAUACAUAUACAUAUUCAACUUAUCAACAAAGAUUCUACGUUCAGUGGCUCUUCCCAGAAAGAGAUGGUGAUUUACUAGGGAUUUACUAGAGACAAUGUCCCUGUUAAAUAGGAACAACUGGAGUUUAUAUCAGUCGAAAGAAAGCACAUAGCUUCAGAUGUUACUUUCAUGAAGAUGAAACACAAAUAUGUCACAGAUAAGCAGUCCCUGGCUACUUUCACCCUGAGUGAAGCUGGCCCUCACAGUGGGAGAGUUCCCUGCUCCUCUUCUAGAGCCUAGGCAAGGCCUGGCUUCGAUUGUGUGAAUUAUGCUGAGAUCGUUUGCUCUCCCUGUCCUAAAAUAACACCUUCUCUUGUCCUCCCGAUGCAGGAGCAAUUAUGGAUAUCACCCUGAUGGCCAACGUCUUGAGUCCCUCACACACCAACUUCUACCUCUCGUGUGUGACUGGUGAGCGAAAUGCCAGCCUCCAGAUUGACAGAGACAAUAAAAUUGUCAUGACCCACCCCAGGUCCAGAUUCCAGAUGUACAAGAACAGCAGCCAUGCAGUGCAAAUGAGCGGCUUCUCCCGGGCAGACCUGGUGGGCAUCACGUACUGCUUGGGGCAGACUGAGUCAGAACAAACCAGGGUGGUUUAUGUGCACAACAAUGUGGAUGGUAAGCUUGAGAGAGAUUCAACAUAACACUGGAAAAGAUAAUAUGCAGAUAUGUGGUUUCUGAGAACUGGGAGCGAUAUGUACUUUGAAGUUAUUCUUUCUCAAAGUUAGGUCCUUACAUCAUUGUGAUAAGACCAAGGCUAAGGUAAUGGAGUCUUCUCUCUAUACCCUCCUCAGACCCAGACCCUGGGGUCAUUCUUGCAAUUUGUUUACAUACCAGGACAAGGAAAAAGCAAAAAUGAGUAUUAAUCAAUCUAGGGAAUUCAUUUCGUUUUAGGCUCAGCCAGAUAAAUGUGUGUUGGGGUGUGUGUGUGAAAUUGAUUGCAGCAACAGUGCAAUGUAUUAUUAUUAUUAUAUUUUUAUUUUUAUUUAUACAUACAUACAUACAUACAUACAAACAUAUAUAUAUACCCUGCCCCUCUGGCUGGGUUUCUGGCUUGGUUUUCAAAAGAGGAAUAGAUGAAAGAAGCUAGAGGGAAAAACAGCAGGUCUCAGCAGUGAGUGGAAAAAGAUGUUGUCUGUAUGCCAGUCUACCCAUAGAUGAAAAGGAGGUCCACAGCAAAGAGGAAGACCUGGAAAUUUCUCUGAAGAUGGGUCUGCCUAGGCCUUGUCACCACUCGGUCACCAGCAGAGGCCGACCCACAGUGAUAGCCUCAUGGAAAGAGCAUCAUUGCCACUUACUGGGAAGAUGGCUGUGAAGGCAUGGCUGCAUAGAUGCACAAGAAUGACUUCACUGCUGAUAUCACUGCCAAGAGUCUAUUGUUGUAGCUCCACCCCAAUGGGUGAGCCACCCCUAGUCACUGGACUUAACAGAAAUGGCAGACCUGUUCUCUAAUACUAGGUUUGUUUAUUUGUUUGUUUGUAGUAUUUACUUUGCCCCCUUGCUGUAAAAAAAAAUCCUGCCGACAUCUGUGGAAGGGAUUCUGGCAUAUUUUAUUUAUACAGUGGUACCUUAGUUCUUAAACUUAAUCCGUUCCGGAAGUCCAUUUCAAAACCAAAGCGUUCCAAAACCAAGGUGCACUUUCCCAUAGAAAGUAAUGCAAAAUGGAUUAAUCCGUUCCAGACUUUUAAAAACAACCCCUAAAAUUUAGCAUGAAUUUUACUAUCUAACAAGACCAUUGAUCCAUAAAAGCAAUAAACAAUGUACUGCAGUCACACAAUAAAUCAAUCAGUAGCUGAACUAGGUUCCACACAGUCACAAAAACAAAAUAAAAAAGAGCCGCAAAAACAGACAGACCUUAGGAAAACACUCAAAAUGGAAGUGUGGCACUCAAAACGGAGCACUUUUGGCUUCUGAAAAUGUUCACAAACUGGAACACUUCUGGGUUUGCAGUGAUUGGGUUCCAAGUUGUUUGAGUACCAAGGUGUUUGAGAACCAAGGUACCACUGUAUAUGAUUUUCAUAACUGUUGCCUACUAGUACUCAUAGAAUGGCAUACACAGAUCUAACCAUGCAGCAGAUAGGGUAUCUGUCUUGGAUGCUUUAGUUGAGAUUCCUACAUUUCUAUAAUUCUAUGAACUUAAGGGCACACAUUUCCCCUGGUAUCCUACUACAAAAGAAUUUCUGGAUGCUAUGGUGCUAGUCAGUCAUUAGUCAUAUGAGUGAUUCUUAUUGCCGGGAAAAGAGACAUCAGUCAGAUAAUUUAAACAAAGAACCCAGGAAGAAUAUCUGAAAAUUGACUAGAUUUUCUUAUCUUAGAAGGCCUUUGAAAUAUGAUAAACAUUGAUUUGGGUGAGGCGGGACAAAGACACCACUGGAAAUCCAGGCUUUCUUACUGAUACAAUUUAAAGCUUGACUUUGGGAGAUAUGCUCAUAAGGGAGGGUUUGGAAAGAAGAAUAAGAAUGAUGUUAACGAUAAGAUGCAGAACAAUCCUAACCCUAACAUUACCUAAAAUGGGCACAUCAACUUUCACCUCACUUGUUGUAUUUUAAUAUUUUGUUGGAAGCUGCCCAGAGUGGCUGGGGAAACCCAGCCAGAUGGGUGGGGUAUAAAUAUUAUUAUUAUUAUUGUUAUUAUUAUUUUGUUCUGGACACUGUGAGUUAGUACCUGCACCAAGCCUACAUGAUCACCUUUCUCCUUGCUAUAUGUGUAGAAAAUGCCACACACAGUUUGUUCCACCCUUGUAAGGAUUUGCUCUUUUAGCCUGGCGGCCUUUGCACUCUGGAACUCCCUGCCCAUUGACAUUAGGCAGGCAUCUUAGCUGUGUUGUUUUCUGUAGCCAUUAAGAACUUUUUUGUUUAGACAAGCCUUCCCAGAUUAGUGAAACUGACAUGUAUUUUAUAUAUGACACGUAUAUAAUAUUUUAACUUUAUUUUAUAAUGUGUAGUUUUAACUGCUCCUUUAUUAUUAUUUUUAAGGUUAAAUUGGCUUCAAAUCUGACUUCUAUCAAUAAUUUUAAUGUAUUUUUUAUUUUAAGUAAACCGUUUGGAGUCCCACCCCACCCCUAAUUAAGUGGUAUACAGAUUCCAUUAAAUAAAUAGAGUAAAAUAGGCAAAUAUACAUGUUGAGCAGGAUGAAGUGUUUAGGUAAGUUCUGGAAAUCCCAAAGAUGGAAUGACAGAUCUGGGCAAUCCAGAGCAUGACCCUCUGAUGAUCAGGGAAGAGCAAAUAUUGUAGGUCCUGCUUCCUAACCCAGUCUCUGUUUCUGUCUGACCCUGCAGCCAACCUCGUCCCAGAGAAAGUGACACAGACAUUCAGCCUCUCCCAGCCAGCUGUACUUGUUGCCAAGAUAAAGCAUGGGAAGAACGCAGACAUUUUGUGGAAAAGGAAUGGCAAGUGCCCCCCUCUCCCAGCUGCAUGGCUUUGGGGAGAUCUGCCCCUGCUCCAAUGCUUCCCCACCCCACCCCAUUCCUGGAACAAGGCCCGCCCUCAGUUAUCCUUGUCAAUCAAAGCUGGCAGUCUAGGCCCAGACCUGCCAGUGGGCUUGCAGCUAGAUGCCUUUGUGCUUCCUCAGUUCUUCUCCUACCCAAACUGCUCUGUCAGUGAUGUCCUUAGAGGUUGCAGGAGCCUCUAAGCCCUGUCCAGGCCAGUCACAGGCUGGAGUGGAUUAAGCCUUAGUAGGGUUUAUUCAGAGUUCAGUUGUCAGCUCUCAUGCUUUUCUUCCUCCCGGCCACUUUCAUUUGCAGGGACCUACUAUGACACCAAGGACCAGGGGGAGGUGAAGGAGAGCCAGUCCACUCUGACCCUGUCGCCUGUCAGCGUGAGUGACGGUGGGAUUUACAGCGCUACAUUCAUUGGGGACAGUCCUUUGUCAAGUGCCUUCUUCCGGCUGAUUGUGCGAGGUAAGAUAGCACAGAACUGAAGAGAUGCAGGUCAAUAGGAGCCACAGACGUCCCCACUAACGUCUGUUUACAUCCUUUGUUAUGGGGUGGGUGUGAUUCAGUGUCUCAUCAUUUAAAGACUCCCAGCUGAACAUGUACAGCUUCUAUUAAAAACUAUUGUUUGAGAUCAUAAGAAGGCUUUCUCUGUGGUGCCUCUUUACCCAUAUGCCAGUCGUCACUUUAAGUUGCUGCCAGAGGGUAAUGAACACAUAGGUGUGAACUUACCCUGAGCAUAGUGGCUGUUGGAGACUGUUAGUGACAGCACUGUGGUUAAUGCUGCCUUGUGCUGUCCAGAGAUCAGGCUUCCUUCCACAUCUUCUUUAAAUUUUAUUUCAUUAUUUUAUGUUUCUAUCCUGCCUUUCUUCCAUCAUGGCACUCAAGGCAGUGACCAGAACCAUACCUGCCUAGUUUCAUCAAAGCAGUGGCCUCCUGUGCAUUCAAGCAAUAAUCUGUCUGUCUGUCUGUCUCUUCCCAACUUCCCAGGAUGUGCAGCCAAGAAAUGGGGCUCUUCUUGUGACAAGGACUGUCCCGACUGCCUGAAUGGAGGCAUCUGCCACCAUAUUGAGGGAGAAUGCAUCUGUCCACCAGGCUUCAUGGGCACCCGCUGUGAAAAAGGUUAGAAGCAAUGUGUACAUGGUCUUGGUAGGAAGAGAUGCCUCUGCUCCAUGAACUGCACUUGUAAAUCUUCACAAAGAGUAUAGAUGGUUGCUAUUUGAAACCUAGUUGGAUGUUGGACCCUGUAUCUCCAUAUGUACCAUAUGAGGGCCACAUCACCUCUUGGUAGUGCACUGCCUGUGUUUCUGACUGAUGUGCCCCUACACAGAGUCAGCCCUUUGUGUGGAAAGCACAUAAGAGUACCUGUGAAGAGCUCAUGACUAAAGCAUGUAAAUUUUCCUCUGCUUUGAAACUGGGAAUCCAGCUGCAGGAGCUGCAUGGCCAAUGAUGUUACCUGGCUGAACCCCUUUUGUUGUAUGGUCUGCCCAGGAAGAAGAGGCAAGUUGGGUAUAAGCACUACUCCAGCCAUGCAGUGCAGUAUCCAGAAGUGCAUCAGAUGCAAUUCCUAACCCUUCCAAAACCUUCCUUUGAAUGUGUCUUUAGGUGUGGGAGAAGCAUUAGUUUUCAGUCUCCUAAACCUUAGUGUGCAGAGGUUGCAAGUGUAUUCUUCCUUUUGAAAGUUUCCUGGUUGGGGUCAGGACUAAUCAUAAUUGAUGGGGAAAGCUCACAUUUCCUUCUUGACUAGGCUGGAAAGACAUGCUCUGUUGAAUCCCCAAGAAUAGCUCCUCAGACUUAGGCAUGACUCCUUUGGCCAGUGGUUUUCAACCAAUGUGCUUGGCAACCUAGGGUGCCUUGAAUGACAGUCAGGGGUGCCUCUGUCCCUCUUUUCUUCCCUCCCUCCUCUGAUGCCGUCUCACAUCUCUGCCUCCCAAAGGCUUGCACAGCUGUUUGUUGCAGCAGCCCUAGCUACAAGCUCCACAGGCAAAUGCUGCCUCUGGGGCUGGUCAGGGGACAAGGAAUAAGCAAGCAAGCAGGUGAGGGAGCCCAGACAGCCAGUCCACUAGCCCUUGCUGUUGGGAAUGGACAUACAAGUCCCAGGCCGCUGUGGGGCAGUGUGAGGAGGCACCUCUCUUUGGGGGUGGGGGGGCAGCUCAGAAACCAGGAGCAGCAGCAGCAGCUGCCUAGAGGACUCCCAGGGAGAGGAGGCUGAGGAAACACUCCACAAGGGUGGGUGUUCAAGAAAGGGGGAGAGGCUGCCAGCUCUACAGGCACAUGGUGACAUAACUGGGCUCCUGAGCCCCACAGGGAUGCUACAGAAAGAAUGUAGUUGGUCAAGGGAGCCGUGGACUUAAAAAGUUUGAAAGCCUCUGCCUUAGGCAAUGAAGCGUGGGUAGAAGGCCAUGGAGUCCCAAAUAGCCUUCACAUCUCGAGUCCCAAGUCCCUUAUCUCUGCAGAGGGAUCAACUGGUGUUGUGUAAGAAAAGGUACAUGGGUUUGAGAUCUCAGUGGAGAAACUUGGCAUCACAAUAAAGAGGAUUUAUGGAUUCAUUGUAGGAUUUGUUCUGAUUGUGUGCAGAUAGGGACACAGGAAGGAACAAUGCACUGGCAAAUGUAGUGCAGGGUUAGUGAACAUGUGUGGCUUUGUCAGUACAGUGGCAGCAAAUCCCUGACAAGAAUCUUCUUGCCUUGCAGCUUGUAAGGAAGGCAUGUUUGGGCGAAACUGCCAGGAGAAAUGUCAUAACAAGCAAGGCUGCAAGGGGCUGGCCUUCUGUCUGCCUGAUCCUUAUGGCUGUUCCUGUGCUGCUGGAUGGAGUGGUCUUCAGUGUGGCUCAGGUAUGUCCCCUGCAGUUUCUUUCUCCCAACUCUAUGACACUUUUGGACACCAGGGUGAUAAAUGAGAUGGGAAGGUGGGGGAAGCUGACCUACUUAGAAAGGCACAAGAUGCAAGUGUAUGGCGUCUGUUCCACAGAACCAAAGAAACUCCGUGCUGCCUUUCCCCUUGCUUUCCAUGUUACAUUUGGCAGCAUAAAAACAAACCUCGUGUAAUGCUUGGGGUGCAAACUUGUAGGCCACCCUUCAUUAGGGCAGUUUCCAGCAAUACAUAAAAACACACCGAGGAAAGAAAAUUAAAUGUUAAAAUAAUCCAAUUAAUAAAACAGUAACAGAGCAACCGAAUGAGGCAAACUGGUGGCUACUAGUUAACAUAAAAAACCAGGAGAAUAAAAUUGUUUUUACCUGUCAGCAGAAGCCAAAUUUAGGGCACUCCCAGAUUGUCACUAUUUUCGGGUGGGAUUCAAUUCCAUACCAGCAAAUUCAGGUUGCGUAAUUAUAGUUUACCGGAAGGCCUCACCGUAUGAGACUUUUUGCAUUAAGGAAAGUGAUGGAGAAUGCACUGGGAUUGCUUGAUUCAAAGUUGUAUAACCUCCCUGCAAACAAAUCAGAACAAACGCUCAAUAAAUAUUGGGUGUCACCUAAUCUCCCCACAAACUUUGUGCAAACAAAUCAGGAUGAAUGCUCAACAAGCAGGUUGUCUGAAAGCAACCAGAGUCUCUGCCGCCUGGGCUUCCAGGGAAAACAAACUCCAGAGUUGGGGAGGAAACAAUAAAGACUCUCUCAUGCACCACCAUCAAAUUUUCAUGUAGUAUUUUUAAAUAGUAAAAAAAUGACUUAAGUUUGGUCCAUUAAUUACAAUAGGUCUAUUCAGAAUAAAACAUAGCUGAAUCACACCCAUGUCUUUCUUUAGAAGGGUGUGGUAGCUCCUCACCCACAUGGCCAUCAUUUGAUUGAUUUCUUGCUAAGCUGAAGCUUCUGACUUCUUGUAUGUGUUCAGAGCAGCAAUAGGGAUACAUAUAUAUAAGUGUAAUGUGACAUCAGAUCUGAUUAACAUGUUACUUUUGGAUAGGGUAAUGUUACCAUGAGGUGGUGUUUUUUACCCUUGUAUGUUUCACAUCGUAAAAAUUACUUGUGAAAAGGCAUUACCUUGAGAAAACUAAUGUUUACCAAGUCUCAUUCAAAUGCUAGAAUUUUUCUUGAUACAAGAAGUGCCAGUUCUCAGCAUACAAGGGAAGGUUCAGUGUGGGGGUGGGGAAACAGUCCUUAUGUGAAAUCAACACUGUAAUCAUUGUGAAAAAGGUAAUACUGUAUGAGCAUUGGGGUCAUGUGAUCUCUCAGAAAGUGAGACAUAAUGAAGCCAUGGGAAAGAAGAGCUCCUACAGGUGUGGCAAGGAGGAACCAUGGAUAUUGGAACAGUACUGAGGAAGGCAAAUUUCAUUAAAUUGCGUAACCAGAGUGCAAACUUGUGGUUUCAUUGUUGUUACUACCAGCAAACAGCAUAGUCACAUUGUUUCCUGAACAUCUUUACAUGGAAAAGAUGUUCAAGAACCCUCCCUUCAUCUCAGACUCACAGUAUUCCUUAGUAUUUUUAUUCGGUUUUGGCUACUUUCUCUGCUGGGACUCUGUUUGGCUCGUAUCCAGGAGAGAGCCGCUUCCUCCCUUUGUUUCUUUAGAAUCAUUUCCCUCCUGCUUGGCUCCAACAAACCAAAAGAAAAAGGGGGUCCUCAUGAGCAGGAAGUUCCAUAGCAAAGAGAAAAGGCUCCUCCAGACUGAGCUGUUCGUUUAGCAUUCUUCCUGGUUUGCUUCCACAAAGUACAAUAAAGAACGGGCAUCAUAUAACCAGUACAAAGUUCGUAUGAUGCCUACCCAUUAUUGAGCAUUCAUUCUGACUUGUUUGUAGGGAGCAUAUAUGACAGUGGGAAUUUAUCCUGAUUUGUUUGUGUGAAGGUUAGAUGACUUCCCGUUCAUCUAUUGUUAUGCACAUUUUUCAUUGCAUUCCGCUCCCCCCGCCCCACCCCCGUCAUUUUCCAAAUCGCAAAAAGUCUCCUUUCUUGUUAUUUGUAAAAGUGGGUUUGUUGCAACAGAGCACUUUAAUCUACUUCAGUUCUGCAAACCUACAUUUCUGGCAUGCAGUUGUAUCUCCCCAGUAAAAUUAAUAACAUUCUGGAGGUGACCAAUCCAUUUUUUAAAAAGGAAGCCCACACAUUUAAAACUGCUUUGUGGUCUUGCGUGCCUGCAAACCUACAAUGGGAGAUGGGUUAAAAGCAGCAUACAUGAAAUCUGCCAGACAUCCUUGACCCAGGCACACACACUAUGCCUUUAAAGGCCAUUCAAAGCCUGUCCCUCCCCAAAGAAUCUUAGGAAUUAAAGUUUGCCCUUAACAGAGUUACUAUUCCCAGCACCCUUAUUCAGCUAUAAUUCUGAGGGUGUGUUUUGACUGUGCCUUAAACGCAUUGCUUGUAUGCAGCCCCAGUCUCUGGGAAAUGGUCAGAGGAGAUUGACCCGCGAUUCCUUUGCUCUUUCCCCAGCUUGCUCCUCUGGGAGGUACGGCGCUGACUGUGCCCUGGAGUGUCAUUGCCAGAAUGGAGGCACCUGUAACCGGUUCAGUGGCUGCAUUUGCCCAUCUGGUUGGCAUGGACAGCACUGUGAAAAGUCAGGUAAAAGCACUCUGGAAUGUGUAUCAUGGGAAUGGCAGGAACCAGGCCCAGUGCCAGAGAACUGCCAAACGAGUACAUGAAUGGGAGAGGGUGCUGCAUAGUGGUUAGCCAUUGUCUGCCACCUAGAGACAUAGCUGUCAACUUUUCCCUUUUCUUGCGAGGAAUCAUAUUCGGAAUUAGGGAAUUUCCCUUAAAAAAAGGGAAACAUUGACAGCUAUGCCUAGAGAUAAAGGGAGGCAGGGAAUAAAAAUCAUAUUGCCCUUUAAAAAAAAUGCUAUUUUAUUACGAUUGUAAUGAUGUUUUAUCCUUAUUCUGGUGUUCUGUGCUAAGAUCGGAUCCCCCAGAUCAAGAACUUGGUCUCUCACUUGGAGUUUAACUUAGGCUCCCAGCCUGUAAUUACCUGCAUGGCAACAGGCAAUCCAAUCCCUGUACGUGAAAACAUUGAACUGCGCAAGGCUGAUGGAACAGUGAUCAUGGUAAGCUACCAUCAUGUCCUGGAUCAGGCCCUGUACCAUCCCAGAGACCUGGGCUUGCUCUUCCCUCUGCCUCUCUAGCCCCAACUUGCUCUCACCCUACUCAUACACUUCGGUCUUUUUCUCUCUGUAAUCUCCCUUUCACCCAGAUCAAUCUAUGAGCACAGGGUGUUAAAUUGGGUUUCACCCAGAUAUAGAUGAGCACAGGGUGUUAAAUUGGGUUCCACCCAGAUAUAGAAGAGCACACGGUGUUAAAUUGGGUUUCUUUGUGUGGGUUUGCAACCCUACCUCUGUUCACACGCGAGGAGGAUAAAUCAGGAUCAAACUAGAGGUUAUGUUAAUUAUGCAAGUAUUUGGGUGCUUAAGCACGAGUGCUUUAGCAUAACAGUCCAAUUGUCCUGACACCACUUUUCCUUCUGUUUAUAUAAUUGCAUGUGAUCUAUUCCCUUCCGUGUUGGUACUAGUAAGGAUGGGGCUAGGUCAGUUGUCAACCCUACCUGCAUCCCAUGGGACUGUGGUUCCCCACAAAUACUCAGAAACAGAAGACUUGAGACAGGAUAUGACUCUACUCUUCUCACCUCUCCAGUCUCUGAAAGCCAUCAUGGAAAAAGACUUGACAACCUGUGAAUUUCAAGUGCCACCGCUGGUCCUCUCUGACACUGGCCUCUGGGAAUGCCGUGUCUCCACUACGGGUGGGCAGGACAGUGGCAAGUUCAAGGUCACUGUGAAAGGUGAGCAGGACAGCGCAGGUGGUGAGAUUUCAAGGUUAGAGAUAUUCAUGCUCAGCUUCUGGGAAUUACAAAAUCAUCACAGGAGGCAUCUUUGGUUGUACAGAACUCGGUUACUGAAAUGUUGCCACACAGUUUUUAUUUUAGUACCCCUCCUAAGAUAUUCUGGAGUUCUUGUCCAGGCAAAAUGAGGGUCUGAUGUCUCUUUAAAUGUGGUGUCACUUUAAAUGUGGUGAUAGUUUUCAAGCAAAGAAACCUAGAAGGAGAGCAUUAAUCAGAGACAGGGACUAGGAUUGUGCCAGGUACCAAUCAGGAAAAUAUCGCAUGAGAAACAUCUGGUACAAAUCUGUCCUAAUAGUUGCAGUCUUCUUUCUCUCAAGGGCAGAGGUAAAAUGUGCAAUCCCUUUGUCUACUUUCAUGUUUGCCUGGCUUGUGAUUGACGCUGUUCCCUUCCUUAGUGCCUCCCAUGCCGCUAAGCCCUCCCAGGCUUCUAGCCAAGCAGAGUCGGCAGCUUGUGAUAUCACCUGUGGGGCGCGUCUCAGGUGAUGGACCCAUCAUCUCCAUCAAGGUUCUGUACAAGCCCCAAACUGGCACUUCUCAGUGGUCAUCCAUUGUAGGUAAGGGAUUUGCUGUAAUCCAGAUGGAGUCGUCGCUCUAAUUUGUGUGCUCCCUUAAAUCUGCAGGGCUCUCUCAAACCUGUGCCUGCUCUGGCUUCAGUUCUUUUCAACUAUACAGAAAGCGAUCCAGACAGGAGUGUUGUGAGUAGAUGAUCUAGGAGGCUGAGCUCUGGGUCUUUUGUGCUGGACCCCAGAUCUCCUGCCCUUCCCCCUUCAUUUUCUUUUUAUAAAAAGUUUUAUAUUUAUAGAACAGCUGGGCACACCAUGAAGUGCAGUGCCCAUGAGAACCCAUUGCCCUAGCCAUCUAACAUCUUAGUUCAGCUAGGGACAUGGUGCAUUUAUGCACAUUUGAGUCAUUUAAGUAAUGCUAGCAAUGCUUCUUGGCCCAGGGGAUUCUGCUCAACAGGGAAGCAAAAUAUUUUCAGCUCAGCCAAUCAUGAAGAAACAAGGAUUCUCUCAGGCAUAUGCUACAACAGGAACAGGAGAUCAGGCUCCAAAGUUAGGCACAACUCUUGAUCCUGGGAAUUGCAAACCACCACCACCCCAGCUACAGUUCUCAUCUGCCUUAAUAAACUGCAGUUUCCAGGAUUCUUUGGGGGAAUUUUAAUUAAUUAAUUGUACCCCACACAUCUAACUGGGUUGUCCCAGUCAUUCUAAGUGGCAUACAGCAGAAUAUAACAAAACACAGCAAUGUACCAGACAUUAAAAAUUUCCCAAUAUAGGGCUGCCUUCAGACAUCUACGGAAAGUUGUAUAGUUGUUUCUCUCUUUGACAUCUGAUGGGAGGGCAUUCCACAGGGCAAGUUCCACCACUGAGAAGGUCAUGUAUUCUGAAUGUGAUUAAAUGUAUUCUGUGGAUAUGAGGCAGUCCCUGUUCAGCAGAUAAUAGAAAAUGGAGGGGACAUUAGUCUGAAAGGAAAGGUCGCAGAGCUGCAGAUCCCAGUCAAAAGGCCCUGCGCAGUGGGCUCUCUGCAGUAAACAAAAAUAUGGAGCAUAACCUUCAGCAUGAGACUCUACAGUAACAGACCCAUAUUUGAUCAACAGUUGACCAUGCUCAGAACAUCACCCUAAUGAACCUGCGACCUGUCACAGCCUACCUUGUUAAGGUUCAGCUAACACGCCCUGGAGAUGGAGGGGAAGGCGACCCAGGCCCUCAGGCUGUCAUGGUAACAGAGUGCCAAGGUGAGUACCUGAAGUUCAGUGAGCCAAAUCUGGGAAGUGGGGAGAUGAAGAAUGCCCAAAUCAAAAGAAGUAGAUUCUGUAGUAGGCGUAUGAGUAGUGCUAAGGAUGCCUACAGUUUCUAAUAUCCUGGUUCCCGUAUGGGUCUUCUUCAGCCAUCCUUCCAGUCAGUAGAGAUUAACCAGUAGAGAUUGUACAAAUACCUACUCUGGUAUUCUACAGAGACCAGCUAAGUGCCCUGUUUCUGCCACUACCUCCUCUGGUUGGAGAACAAAAUGCCAGUGCCCCAUAGAUGAGUGGCCCAACCUCUUCCCACCUCAGGGAUCCAAUUGCCUUCUGUCACAGUAUAUUACAGUAGAAAAUUUACUUUGAGGUGGGUGAGUGUGUGUUAAGACCCUUAACAUGUGGAUAAACCAGGUUAACAAAACAACAAAGUUUAGCUAUAACAAAAUGAAUGGAUAUAAGGCUCAUCUUCUUAGCAAGUGCAUGUUAACUUGUGUAUAAACUUAUUUCCACAGAGGGAUGCAUAGGAUUGUACUGCCUAAACUAUUCCCUAGCCUAAAAUGUACAGUACAUCCUAUCUCCGCCCUAACCCAGACCCAGCAGAAAAAAAUGUGUGUUUCCCCCCCCAAAAAAACUGAUUAACUCCAACUACACUUUUGCAGCAUCCCAUUCUCUAACACACCUCUCUGCUUCCUCUUACUUUAAUAUACUAUUGAAAUAUACUCAGAGUCGCAAAGUGAUUUCAUGCUCUUUAUUCAGCUCAUAGUGGUGAGGAGGAAUGAAUGAAUGUCCCCUCACAGUAUCUGCUUUAUAUACAUUAUUUACACAAUGGGCUGCACAUGAUUGGCUAAUUCUGGAAUUCUACUGUAAGCCAAUCAGGUUGUGGAUUCACUUCUAUCUGGAGCAGGAUUGGGUGGUUCCUGCCAACCAAUCAUACUGCUGCAUUGUUCUAGGACCAAUCAGACUGCUGCAUUCUGAAUCCUAUUGUUCUAGGACCAAUCAGACUGCUGCCUUUUGGAUCCUAUUGUUCUAGGACCAAUCAGACUGCUGCAGUUUGGAUCCUAUUCAACUCAGUACAUAACACCCCUCCCCUCUAAGUUCCAGUCCUGCCCGGGAGGUCGCAUUCAUAGUCCUCAAGGUAUGCCGGCGGCCUACGUGUGCGUUGUGGCCUGUGGUGUUCCCUGGUCCGGGCUCCGGGUUCUGGCUCGUGUUCCAAGGAUGCUGGCUGUGAUGGGGCUGUUUGGUCUGGUGCAACCGGCUCGCUCAGUCGUGGUUCUGGUUCCGGUGUCCUUUCGGCCUCACGGGUCCUCUCUGUAUUUACUGAUUCUGCCUCUCCUGCUGGCCCCUCCUGCUCUAUGGGCCUCACUGCCCCGCUGUUCCCUUGGGACUCCUCUGACCUGUCCUCCUCCUGGUUUUCUCCCGGGAAUCGUCGCCGUAUCUGGUCGCAGUGGCGGCGCCAGCAUUGCCCCCCCAUCCGUUAGCACCUCGUACGACACGGGUCCAGUGACCCUGGUGACUGUGGCGGGUACCCAUGCUGGGCCUGCCCCAAAAUUCUUUGCGUACACUGGGUCCUGGGCCUCGAAGGUCCGGGGUUCCUGCCUUCCCCACCACUACCUCAUCCUGAGCUCUAUCGGGGUGAAGGCGGUCCAAUCUGAUUGCAAGGCGCCGACCCAUUAGUAGUUCAGCGGGGCUCCGGCCAGUCGUUGAGCUGGGGGUGCUGUGCUGUGCUAGAAGGAAUGUGGCAAGGCGGUACUCCCAGUCCCCUUGCGUCAUGCGGCGAAGGGUGUCCUUGGUGGUCCGCACCAUGCGUUCUGCUUGGCCAUUGGUGGCAGGGUGGAACGGCGCCGAACGGAUGUGGCGGAUGGCGUUCUGCGCUGUGAAGGUUUGGAAUUCUCCUGACGUAAAUGCAGUCCCGUUGUCUGAGACGAGAGUGUCAGGGAGCCCGUGGGUUGCCAACAGCCUGCGUAGUACCCGGAUGGCUGCGGACGUGGAAGUGGACGGUACCAGUGCGACUUCCAGCCAUUUGGUGUAGGAGUCCACCACUAUGAAGAAUGUUUUCCCCUGAAAGGGGCCAGCGAAAUCCACAUGCAGGCGUGACCAUGGUGCUCGGGCGGACUCCCAGGACUGGACUGGGGCCCUUGGGGGAUCUGGGCGGGAUUCUUGGCAGGCCUGGCAGUGUUUGACCCAGACCUCUAUCUCUCCAUCGAUCCCCGGCCACCACACAUAACUCCUGGCAAGGGCCUUCAUUCUUACUACCCCUGGAUGUGUCUCGUGUAGGGCUGUGAGGACCCUUUUGCGGAGGGGCUGGGGAACAACGACUCUGCUUCCCCAUAACAGGCACCCCUUGUGGGCCGACAGUUCAUGUUUGCGGGUUGUGUAGCCGGCGAAUUCUGGCCCGGGGCUGCUGCUGGGCCAUCCCCUCCACACCCAGUCCAGGACCCGGGAGAUGACCCUAUCUUUCUUGGAAUGGUGUGCAACUUCUUGUGCCUGAAUGGGGCGGUCGGGAAGCAGCUCCAGGCUCAUAACCUCUUGUGCAGGUGCUGGGUCAGGGCCUGUUUCCGGUAGUGGUAGCCUGCUGAGGGCGUCCGCAUGGCCCAUCGCCUUCCCAGGUCGGUGAAUCAGUGCAUACUGGUAGCUGGCAAGGAAAAUUGACCACCUGAGGACGCGAGGAGACAGCACUUGGGGGGUCUGCUUUUCGGGGGCAAACAAGCCAAGCAACGGCUUGUGGUCAGUCACCACGGUGAAGGGCCGCCCGUACAAGAAAUCAUGGAAUUUUUUUACUCCCUUUACGAUUGCCAGACCCUCCUUGUCGAUUUGCGAGUAGUUCCGCUCGGUUGUGUUGAGUGUCUGGGAAAAGUACGCCACCGGUACCUCUCUUCCAUCCGGGAGUUGGUGCCCCAGGACAGCUCCAAUGCCAUAGGGUGAGGCGUCGCAUGCUAGCACCACCGGCAGCCUCUCGUCGAAGUGUGCCAAGACCGAGUUUGAGACAAGCAAGUCCUUGACUGCCUGGAAUGCGGCCUCCUGGCGCUGGCCCCACACCCAAGGGGCCCGCUUGUCCAGGAGUCUGUGUAGGGGCUCCGCUACCGCCGCCUUGUGGGGAAGGAAGGAAUGGUAAAAGUUCAAUAGUCCCAAGAAGGCCUGAAGUUCAGUCUUGCUCUUGGGCGCUGGGGCAUCACAAAUGGCCCGUACCUUGUCCCCAGUCGGGUGGACCCCUUCUGCGUCCACCAUAAAUCCCAGAAAGUCCACCUGAGGCACUCCUAGUAGACAUUUUUCCCGCUUCACCUUGAGACCCGCCGUCUGGAAACGGUGCAGAACGGUGCGGAGGCGGUCCUCAAACUCCUCUGGUGUGGGGCCGGCAAUCAACACAUCAUCGAAGAAGGGGGUGACGCCAGGAAUCCCUUUAAGGAGAGAGUCCAUUAGAUUCUGGAAUAUGCCUGGUGCCACGCUGACACCGAAUUGCAGCCGCUUUACCCUGAACGCUCCUCUGUGCGUCACAAUCGUCUGUGCCUCUGCUGUGGCCUCAUCUACUGGCAGCUGUUGAUAUGCUUGGGCCAAGUCCAGCUUGCCAAGAUUUUCGACCCAGCCAGGGUGGCAAGGACAUGGCUGACCACUGGCACUGGGUAUGCGUGGGCCGUGAGGGCCUUGUUUAUGGUACAUUUGUAGUCUGCGCAGAUGCGGACCGAACCAUUAGGCUUGACGGGUGUGACGAUUGGGGUUUCCCAGGGGCAUUAGGCACCGGCUCCAGCACUCCUUGCUCCACGAGUCGGUCCAAUUCCUCGUCUAUACGGGGUUUCAAGGCGAACGGGACCCGGCGGGCCUUGAGCCUGACCGGUCGUACUGCGGGGUCAAGCUGUAGCGCAAUGGGGGGGCCCGUAUACUGUCCCAAUUUCCCAUCGAAAACCCCUGGAAAUUCCUUGCAUAUGGCAUCCACGUCCACUUGUAAGCUAGUGUGGUUCACCCCGGUGACAGCUAGCCCCAGUGGUCCAAACCAUGCCAAUCCCAGUAAGCUAAUGUAGGGGCCCUUGACCACAAGCAAGUCCAGUUGCCGCGUCCGCCCUCGGUAUUGCACCCUGAAGGUCCCCACCCCCAUUGUGGGGACCUUACGUUUCUGGAAGUCCCGGAGGGUGAAUGGGGCCGGCCUGAGUUUGGGACCCCCAGUGGGACACAGUUUCCUUAAGGUCCUUGCCGAGAUUAUGGAUAGAGUUGAACCCGUGUCAAGCUCCAUGCGGCAUGGGGCCCCCUCUAUCUGUACCUCUACAUAAAUUUUCUCUACGUUGGGGUGGGGCAACUGGUAUACCUGGAAGUCCGUGAGCUCCGUCGAGUUGCCUUGGUGCGUUGGGCCCCGGGACCUGGGGCUCUUGGAUUGGUCAUCUGAUGCCUGGUGUCGGGUGGGCCGAGCCCGACACACCCGGGCGAUGUGUCCCGAUUUUCUGCACUGCCUGCACUCUGCGUUGCGGAAACGGCAGGUCCUCCUCUCGUGACUCUCCCCGCAGCUUGCGCAGUUCCCUCCUUCUCGUCGAGGCAGCUGUGGUCUGUGCGCUGCUUGAGUGCGCUGCUGUACUCGGUGCACCUCCUCCCUGUCGGAUCCUGAGUCGUCGGUGAGGUCUUCGUGGUGGACCCUCGGUUGGGAUGGCAGGCUCGGCCGUGCCUCUUGGGUCGACCUCUCGGCAGCUUCUGUUGCCAGGGCCUCCUCCAGAGCGACCUGGAACGUUAGGUCCUUCUUAGCGUAGAGGCGUCGUUGCAGCUUCUCAUCCUUCAGGCCACCGACGAGGCGGUCACGAAGCAUGUUCUCCAGCUCUGAGAAGUUGCAGAACCGGGCGGCUUGGCGGAGAGCGGUCACAAACCCAGUUAUGGUUUCCCCAGGGGCUUGCCGCUUUGCGUAGAAGGCAUUUCGACGAGCCACCACUGAGGGCUGCGGCGAAAAGUGCCCCUUCAGCUGUUCCAUUAUUGUUUUGUAUGGAACAGUAGCGACGUCUUCAGGCGCAAGGAGAGCCCGGGCGAUUUCAAACGUCUCCUCUCCGCAGACGCUGAAGAAUAUCGCCCUCUUCUUGGCGUCUUCUUCGUCGGUGACCCCUUUGGCUUCUAGGAGGAAGGUGAAACGGGAGGCGUAUGCUUCCCAGUCUCCAGAUGCUGGGUUGAAUGGCGAGAAGCUGCUGUUGGCUGCCAUUCUGAGUUCCUUGUGUCCCGGAGCUGAAGCCUGGAUACACGGUGCGAGGCAGCGGUGCGGCAGUUGGCGGUGCUGCGGUGCUGUGUGUGGCAGUCAGCUCAGCGGGAUCCCACCUUCGUCGCCAGUGAAAUAUACUCAGAGUCGCAAAGUGAUUUCAUGCUCUUUAUUCAGCUCAUAGUGGUGAGGAGGAAUGAAUGAAUGUCCCCUCACAGUAUCUGCUUUAUAUACAUUAUUUACACAAUGGGCUGCACAUGAUUGGCUAAUUCUGGAAUUCUACUGUAAGCCAAUCAGGUUGUGGAUUCACUUCUAUCUGGAGCAGGAUUGGGUGGUUCCUGCCAACCAAUCAUACUGCUGCAUUGUUCUAGGACCAAUCAGACUGCUGCAUUCUGAAUCCUAUUGUUCUAGGACCAAUCAGACUGCUGCCUUUUGGAUCCUAUUGUUCUAGGACCAAUCAGACUGCUACAGUUUGGAUCCUAUUCAACUCAGUACAUAACACCUAUCCUCCUAGAUAUUCUCCCUCACACCUAUUCACACAGUGUUCAUUUCAAUUCAUUCCUAUCCUGUCUACUGUUGAUUGCAAAGCCUCUGGGUAAAGAUUGUUUCUCCUUAAGCAUGUGGCACUAAUUCCACCUUGUGUUGAUCGUACAGCCCAGGCUGAAGAGAAAUUGUCUCAGGAUUUCUUUCUCCUUCGGUGCUGUUGGCAAGAGAAUCAGGCUGAUGGCUUCUUGUUUCUCUAUUCCACACAGAGCCAACAGUCAAGCCUGUGAUUGAACGCUCAUUUGUUGAAGGGAGCAACAUGUUACAUGUGAACUGGAUCCUGCCGGGUGGUGACACUGUGGGCUCUGGGUUCCUCGUCCAGCUCUAUGAUGCAGCCAUGGAGCUCGUCCAUCAGGAAAACAUCACUUCCAUGAUUGUGCAGUCUGCCUACAUUCCAAACCUUAAAUUCAACAAGGAGUACAAUCUGGUGGUGCUGGUCUAUCACUGCACCAGCCUCGGACCUCCAUCUGACCUCUACAAGGUCAAGAUUGACAGCAAAGGUGGGCAACGGGAUGUACCAUCUGGGAGAAAUCUGCCACUCUCAGAAGGGAGCAGGGCUGGGGAUCAAUGACUCUGGGGUGGAUGGCCUCUGCAAGGUUUUACUCCCAGGUGAUCCCGUACAGAACAAGUACUAUGUCAGAGAUGUCCCAAACGGCUUGAUGCUCUUGCCUUCUUGGUAGACAGGUCUAAAAUCUAAUUAACUUGCCUUGGCAUGGUGUUAUGUGUUGCGGGCUCUAAGGUGCCUCCUAUUUUGCAGGGAUUUCUAUUUUCUUCCAAGAGGCUUUGAACCUCUGUAAACUCCUCAGGAAGCAUUAGCACAUGUGUUGCCCUGGAAAACUGAGGGGUGCCUCAGGGACAAACCUACAGCUUGCUCAUUGUUUCUUGGCAUCGUAGUAGCUGCUGACCAAUGUCCUCUCAUGCCUAUGCCUAAUAGGUCCACAACUGCACUGUCCGCCAAGCCACAGACUGCAUUCCUAGCAGUUGUGGAAGAGGUCGCAAUUGCAGAGCCAACAGCUGUACCACUUGCCUCCCAGGUCCCUCAUCCCCACGGUCUCUCUCAGCGGAGCCCCUUGCUGACAGCACUGUCAAGCUCACCUGGCUGCCCCCUGAGUACCCCAAUGGUGGCAUCAACAAGUACAUUGUGGAGGUGCAACAGCUGGGGGGUACCAGUGAGCCACAGUGGAUGGACACGGACAACGGCUGGGAUACCACAAAGAUCAUUGCAGGGCUGAACACCAGCGCGUUCUACCAGUUCCGGGUGCGAGCCAGCUCUUUUGUACCAGGCGAGUGGAGCAAGCCUGUGAGAGUUGAGAUCGUGGGUGAUGGUGAGUGGACCAGGGGCAAGUUUGGUUGGCUGUCCCAGGGGGUGGGGUCUGAGUGGGACAGGAGGCAAGUAAUGUGCGUGAAGAUGCCUCUGUGAUUCCUACAGUCAAAAUGCAGGCCAGCCAGGAUGCAGGUGCAACUGGCUCCUGGCAAACCGCAGCAGCAGCAGCAGCCACCUUGGCCUGGAGCGCUGAUCUACCCUGGGAGGCAGAACAGUCAUAGAGUCCGCUCAUGGCAGUGGUUCUGCAUCUCUAUCAUGUUGUGCAGUUGCCUUCUCCUCCUUCAUCACAGAGCCAGGCCCUGUUACAAAACGCACUGCUUCCCUCUUUCCCGCAGGAGCCCUGAGCCAAGUGCCCACCUUGGGGAGCCAGAACUUACCUCCAUCCAACCUGGACCAGCAGUUGCUCUUGGCCAUUGUGGGCUCUGUCUCCGUCACCUGUGUGACCAUACUCUUUGCCCUGCUGGCCCUUUUCCUCAUCAAGAAGAACUUCUUUCACCGGCGCCGUACAUUCACCUACCAGUCAGGCUCUGUGAGUGAUAUUGCCCUGCCCCACCUGCCUCUUCCCACUGAUCUUGGCUCCCCACCCUCAUAAUUAUUAUGCUCCACUAUGUUUGUGACAGCAGACUGUUGACCCACUUGGUUUGCAGUGCUGCUGCCAACCUCCCCGCUUAACUCAUCCUCUCACAGGGGGAAGAGACCAUUUUGCAAUUCAACUCAGGCACGCUGACCCUGACUCGCCGGCCCAAACCCCAGCCUGAGCCCCUCAGCUACCCUAUCCUGGAGUGGGAAGACAUCAAGUUUGAGGACAUGAUAGGAGAAGGGAACUUUGGGCAAGUCAUCCGGGCCAUGAUCAAGAAAGAUGGCCUGAGAAUGAAUGCAGCCAUCAAGAUGCUGAAAGGUGAGAUGCCGCACGAAGUCAGACUCCCAUUCUUGACACAGGAAGACCAUUACCUGUCCCUCGCUAGCCCUGCUUAGGGUGUAAAUGAUUGAUGAUUGGCAGACCUGUUCUGAUACUUGCCUCUUUCUUGGUGGUGGGGACUGCAUUGACCAUCAGACACACAUGCAUCUACUUUUUUUUGGUUCUCAAGCACCAAAGCAUUCAGAGAAUGAAGACAGCAGCCACUCCUCGCAUAUGCCUGUUCAGAAGGCAGGACAAUGGGCCUCCUCAUGGCACACAAUCAUAGAGAAUAUCUCCUCCACAUACUUAAAAUGGUUGCAUAGCAAUUCCCAGUCCCAGGUAGCUAGCACCAUAGUGUGCAGGGAAACAGAGAUACUUAGCAAUUUUCAGCUCUAAAACUACAAUUCACAGGAUUCCAGGCCACAAGCUAUAACCAAGGCCUGCCCUGUGGUUUGGAGCUUGUGAUUUGCCUGGGGCAGCUAAACUACAAGCCCAGAUCCAGAUAACAUGCUAAGCCAAACCACAGUGUCACACAACACAUCAGCAGAAUGGCCAGGCAGGAGCAAAGUGUCCAUUAUCUCCUCUCUGGGAGCCUGCACAGUAUUUGUUUGUUCACACUGACUGAUAGUUUGGCUUAGCAUUACAUGUGAACAAGGGCCUUAUGUAUGCUUGUAAAACUGUGGCAUGUGCAUGCAGGAAUGUGCAUUUCCAGUCACAUUCAGGAUACAGAUAUAUUUGUAACAUGCAUGUAGCACACCAAAAAGCUGGGCUUGGCCACAUGUACAACAAAUGUUCUUGCCACCACAGAAUUUGCCUCUGAGAAUGACCACCGGGACUUUGCUGGAGAGCUGGAAGUUCUUUGCAAGCUGGGCCACCAUCCCAAUAUCAUCAACUUGCUGGGAGCCUGCGAGAACAAGGGUGAGACACCUUGCCAAUAGGGCACCCUCCAGUGCUAACUACUUCUUCCCUGCUCCUCCAUCUUUGGGCUCAUCUGCACCACCUUUUCCUUUAUUCACUGAGGAGGGCUCGUCGUGAGGGAACAACAGACCCCGCCCUGCUUCCAAACAACACACACUCUAGCACGCAAAGCCCAAAGCCCCAUCCUCUCUUCCCACUCCUUCAACUUGCAAAAUAUUUCCUUAUUUCAUUUUCCCUUAAUCUCUCCCUGUGGUUAGUGUGGGGCAGCAACUGAAAUCAGAGCCAACACUUGAGCUGCUUAUUCUUGGGUGCCAGGUUUAGUGUUUGCUUGCUGUUGUGAGGGAGUGACAGACAGAUACAUACCCUUAAAACAUAUUGCGCCAUCUGUGAGCAGGUGUCACAAUCUGGCAAAAGUUUUACCACCAGAAAGCAAAGAAUGGUAGAUCCGCUGAUGUCUGCUUCUGUAACUGCAAAUGAGGAAAAACACCAAACCCAGAAGUGUUGUUAUCUUCCUCCUCCUUUAGAGGAGGAAAUUAUGCGGUCGAGUUUCUCACAUUUGGGGAAAUCACAGGGGUCAACGCACCCAGAAUGCCAGGCAUUAACCUCACCCUGGGAAAAUCACCUUCAAGAUCACGAUAUCUUCCCUACCAGGAGCUUCUGCCUUCUUUACAGCAGCAAUGUACUAAGAGCAAACAACUUGCAUGACUGAUAGAGCUGAUAGCAGGGUGAGAUAAUGAUGGUGAUCACUGAAACACAUUGUUAACCAGGCUUGGAAAAUAAGUUUAGUUAGAUCAUAGUAGCAAUCUAACAAUACCCUUUAAGCGCAUGGAGGUGAGGGGAAGGAAGCAGAGCACAUGGGUUUUCCUUAUUUCUGCUGGAAAUAGUGAUAGAAGGGAGUGUCAGAGGGUUUUAUGGGCUGCUUUUGAAGGGUCCAUGGGCAGGGUUUUAAAAUGAGCAAGAAGACUUCAGAUCUGAAAUACAAAUAGGCAGAGCAUGUGGCCCUGGUACAAUAGAAUGUGAGAGCAGCAAACAACCCACGUAGGUACAGAACCACCAGAGGGCCACAGUGCACAAAACAGAUUUGGAAAGGGGGUUUUCAGGAGCAGUGUGGAUGAACCCUGUCAAAGCACUGGCACCACCUAGUGGUUGCAGUGACGCUAUCUGGUCUACUAUCUUUCAUGACCAUGCAUAUUUCUACAUACACUCUCCAUAUUAGUUCAUACAGAGGAGGAUCUUGUGCCUUAUCGCAGGUUCAUCUCUGAUAAUUUUUAUGGUCUUUUCUUUCUCAACCCUGCUGCUUCUAACGGAGCAAGUUUCCUGACAUGUUUGUCUGGGCAUGACUUGACAGUCUCUUCCCUAAUUUUCCAGGUUACUUGUACAUCGCCAUUGAAUAUGCACCCUACGGAAACUUGCUAGAUUUUCUGCGCAAGAGCCGAGUCCUGGAGACAGAUCCUGCCUUUGCCAGGGAGCAUGGGACAGCCUCGACCCUCACAUCCCAACAGCUCUUACAGUUUGCAUCUGAUGUGGCCAAAGGCAUGCAGUAUUUGAGUGAAAAACAGGUCUGUGUGUCCUCACCACCUAGCCAUCUUUUCCCACUAGUUGGGCUCAUGUUGGUCAAUGGAACCGCUGGUCUGAGCUGGCUCCACUAGUUGGGCUCAUGAACCAGUUCUCUUUUUUUGGGGGUAGGGGGAAUUAGCAAGCAAAGUCAAGGAGGGGAAAGACAGAGCAGGCCUGUGUUUGUGCUUUCCAUUUGUAAUGUGUUUCACAUACACAGAAUGUCAGGUCCAUCAUCUGAGUGUCUGACUUCAAGCUUGCAAUAGUAGACGUGUACUGGAAUCAUAUGCCAAUUAUAUCCUGUAUUGCUUCAGCAUUCUCUGGUCCUAACUAAGAGCUGUACUGACUUGGAUAGAACUGGGAUAACUUCAUGUCAGUACAGCUCUGAGUUAGGACCAGAGAAUGCUGAAGCAAUACAGGAGGUGAAAUGUAAGCCAAGAUUUUGAGAUGCCUACGGCUUUGGUUUCACAAGAUAGCUCAUGAGAUGCUGUUGCGUGCAGCUGUGGACUAGGAUGAAUGCCUGAAUUCUCUACCACUGCCUAUGUCACUCACUGCUGUUUCCUGCCCUCCCCUAGUUCAUCCACAGAGACCUGGCUGCCAGGAACAUCCUGGUAGGGGAAAACCUGACUUCCAAGAUUGCCGACUUUGGUUUGUCCCGGGGGGAGGAAGUCUAUGUAAAGAAGACUAUGGUAAGUCUGGAUAGAGACGAUCAUGUGGACCCCUUCCUCAUUCCUCAGGCUUCUCUUCUGCUCUGAGUGGAGCCCAGCUCCAUCUCUUCUCUUUGUUCGCCGGUCUACUCAAAGUGGGCUUCUGUAACUCCAGUGAUGCUUGUUUUCACAGGGCCGUUUGCCAGUUCGCUGGAUGGCUAUUGAGUCCCUGAAUUACAGUGUGUACACAACCAAGAGUGAUGUGUGAGUGAUUUAUGGGUGGGUGGGCAGGGUGGCAGGGUCAACCGCAGAUUGGACGACAGUGAUCAGGUGGCAGGUGGUACUUUCUUCAGUUCUUUUCACCAAAGUAGUGAUGGCUGCCAACCUGGAAGGCUUUAAGAGAGGAUCAGACAAAUCUAUGGAGGAUAAAUAUUAUGUUGUGCUCUGGUUCCGCCUGUGGUCUUCCCAUGGGCAUUUGAUCAGCCAUUGUGAGAACAGAGUGCUAGGCUAGAUGGGCCUUCACUUGGCCCCUUUGUUCCAAGUAGAAGUAGAAAAUGCAAUGAAGAAGAAUGUCAUGAGGAGGAGAAUGUAUGAAUGAUCCUCUGUCUUUUACUUCUUUAAUCAAUCCAUUAAGUUGCAAUACAUUUGAAUGCUAUACUACAAAAAAAGCCUAUUGGUGUUUUUUGAAAUAUUGAAGGAAAUGUACAAUAACUUACAGUUAACAAAGGGAAACUACUGGCUUCAGUAUUUUCUUUUUUCUCUCUGUAUUAGUAGCAGGCCAGAACAAAAAUGAUCUUAGAAAAGCAGCAAGUUUGCUACAGUAGAGUGGAAAACCUGGACGACCUCAGCCUACGUCCUAACUUGUCUUUCUCUUGCAGGUGGUCAUUUGGAAUUCUCUUAUGGGAAAUAGUUAGCCUGGGUAAGUUUCUGUCUCUGUUGCCCUCGCUGUCCUUUAUUCUAUGCAUCCCAUUUUGGCCCCACACUCUUCAAUACAACUUCUUCAUUUCAUUUCUCCAACCUCCUCUCUGUGAGUGACAUCAGAGUGCCUUACCCUUACUUUGGUUGAGGAACAUGGAAACAACCUUGAACCAAUCUUCCUAACAGGACAGCCAGGAUAAAAACCUUCACUUUGGGGAGAAACACAAAAUGCGAGCAUGCCUAGUCUUAGCAGAUCUUUCCCCAAAUGGGCUGGCUAACUAUAACAACAUCAUGGGAGAAAAACUCUUACCAACCUACAUAAUCUAUUCACCUCACCAUAUAGUUGCUACUGUACAUCUUCCAGUCUAGCUGCACUUUGCAUUAUGUAUGGGUGAGGACAGGACAUACAGAGAUGGGUGGUUUAGGAGAACUUUGUCCCAGUAGCACCCAGAAGGCUGUGUUAAGUGUGCAUUGCACCAAGCAAGGGUGGCUAGUGAUGUUGCACAGGUGGAGCUACAUUGCUUGUCUGGUUUUGCAACACUGCGUGUCACUGGCAGUUACCAAGUGGGGCAGGGGAGGGGCAAGGCAGUGGGAUGCUCAGCACAGCAGCCAAGCUAAUUCAGCACUCCCAGCACCGCACCCCUCCCACCCCUCAUCAAUGGGAGCAGCAACGUGCAGUGUUAGGAAGCUAGGAGAGCAAAUUAGCCCCACCCAUAGAGCCCCACCGGCCACUAGUGGCCCCAAGAUGCUGGUGAAUAUGGUGCCUCGUCUGAUUUCCUAGGAGGGACGCCAUACUGUGGCAUGACAUGUGCUGAACUCUAUGAAAAGCUGCCCCAAGGGUACCGCAUGGAGAAGCCUCUCAACUGUGAUGACGAAGUGUAAGUGGAAACCCUUCCCCCUGCCCAACACACACAUCCUAUUUACUCAGUUAUCUCCUGCCAGUGGUCACUGGCAUGCUAGGCCUCAGUAUCUACAUCUCCUCACUGUCGCAUGCUGAUGGAGGAGCUGGAGAUAGAGAUGCCCAGUAGACCAAGCGUCCAGUGAACUUGGCAGUUCCCCUUCCCUUGUGUAUUUAGCUUCAUUCUGAUUCUUCACCUUCUCCUGCAGCUAUGAGCUAAUGCGGCAGUGCUGGCGGGACCGGCCAUAUGAACGUCCACCCUUUGCUCAGAUAUCGGUGCAGCUCAUCCGCAUGCUGGAAGCUCGGAAGGUAUCACUAUCUAGGGAUAUUCUUGCUGUGCUCUGAAUAAAAACCUCCUGAGCUUUCAGCCUGUGUGCUGUAAAGAUGUGGGUGAGCAGAGUUUACAGUCAGAUGACAGAACCCAGUGUCACCAUUGGGGGGCCCAGCACCCUUACCAUACCCUUCAACUAAGAAUAUCCUGUUGUUGUAGGGUCUCAGCUUCUUUCAUCAAGGCAGGAUUCAGGUGGUCCUUAGAACUGGGCCCUAUAUCAGGCAAUUGUCCCAGGAUGUUGGGCUGGGGCUUGCUCUGAGCAUGAUUGCAGUGUAAGGUCAAAAUAUGAGUUAUUGUAUUGUCUUUUUUAGUCAGAACCUGGAGGAAAAUGUACUCACAAAAGAAGGGGUAAAAGGGAGUAGCCCCCCAACUUGACUCUGUUUCUCCUUUGACAGGCCUACGUGAACAUGGCUUUGUUUGAGAAUUUUACUUAUGCAGGGAUUGAUGUGACGGCUGAGGAAGCAUGA